UUGAAACUUGAAACAGUAUAACCAGCAAAAAGGUCAAAUACUACUCUUCUUGAAUCUUUCUGUCAGAAAAAACAGAGACGAAUCUAUGGAUUGUUGUUCGUUCAUAAGCACAAACGAUCUCCGAAGAAUGUUCAAGAAGCUCGACAAGAACCAAGACGGGCUCGUGACCCUCGACGAGCUCUGUUGGAUUCUUGAGAAACUUGGUUGGGCCGAACACACUCCGGAAGAGCUUGAACUCAUCGUUGGUAAACAGAGCCUCGAUUUAGACGAGUUCCUUCGGUUCUACCAUGACGCCGUUUUGGUUAGCAAAGGAACGAAUACCACCAAUAAUGAUGCUGUUGUCGUUGGUGGCGAUGAUGAAGCGAUCGCCAAAGCGUUUAAUGUGUUCGAUGUGAACGGAGAUGGUUAUAUCUCUGCGGAGGAGCUUCGUGACGUGUUGGAACGACUAGGGUUCGAAGAGGAGGCAAAGGCGUGGGAUUGUGGGAGAAUGAUUCGAGUUCAUGACAAGAAUCUUGAUGGUUUUGUUGACUUUGAAGAGUUCAAGAACAUGAUGUUACAUGUCUAAUGAUUUAAAUACACAUGUAACAUAUGUGUGUGUGUGUGUGUAUAGUCCAUCAUCUUCCAUGUUUUAUGCGUUAUAUAUGCGUAAAAACUGUGAAGUAUAUAUACUUUUGUUAUGUGUUUAUGUAUAAACUAUGUCUUUUACUGUGA